CCCUCCACGGCGCUUCUGUCCUGGGACGCUAGGACACCUGUCGCCUGUGAGGCGUCAUUCAUUUUCAUAGAACUUCCUUUCCUUGUAGGACAGUUUUAGAAGUAGGAAGGACCAAGGGGCACCUGUUACUAGGAUACACUGCGGACUGUGUAUCUCAUUAGGCUUUCUCUCUUCAUCUCUGGACUCUGACCCGUCGUGGUGAUCCAGCUCUCACCGUCUUGGCCAUCCGUCUUAUCUCACCGCCUCUUAUUAUCGAUCAUAUUUUCCCUUCUCCAAUUCUUCAGAAUCUUACCUUAACCAAUCAAUUUGGCUCAUCUCCUCUAGCCUAUUGACAAGACCAGCGUUUUGUUUUCACUUCCUCCUCGCCCAAGUUUUCCCCCCUCAAAGACAGAUUUUUCAAUAUCUAAAUUCCCAGAACACACUGGAUAUCACUCCUAUAAAACAAAGAGGAAAUCAUGAAGGGAUGUUUUAAUCAUUGAAACUGCAGUUAGAAUCAUGGCUACGUCGACCCAUCUGGACAUCGGAGCCCAGCUGAUAGUGGAGGAGUGCCCCAGCAGUUACAGUCUAGCUGGCGUGCCGGACAUUAAAAUAGAGCAUCAGCUGAACGCCGAUGCGGAGGAAGGAUCCGCUCAGGGUGUCGCCAUGGGGAUGAAAUUCAUAUUACCUAACCGAUUUGAUAUGAACGUGUGUUCUCGAUUUGUGAAGUCCUUAAAUGAAGAAGAUAGUAAAAAUAUUCAAGAUCAGGUCAACUCUGACCUGGAAGUGGCAUCCGUCCUAUUUAAAGCUGAAUGCAAUAUCCAUACAUCUCCUUCUCCGGGAAUCCAAGUAAGGCAUGUCUACACCCCCUCCACGACAAAGCACUUCUCCCCCAUAAAGCAGUCAACUACUCUAACCAACAAACACAGAGGAAAUGAGGUCUCAACCACACCUCUGUUAGCAAAUUCUCUGUCUGUCCACCAGUUGGCUGCUCAGGGAGAGAUGCUCUACCUAGCUACUCGGAUUGAACAAGAAAAUGUUAUCAAUCACACGGACGAAGAAGGAUUUACCCCUCUGAUGUGGGCUGCAGCACACGGGCAGAUAGCUGUGGUAGAGUUUCUACUUCAGAAUGGUGCUGAUCCCCAGCUUUUAGGAAAAGGCCGAGAAAGUGCACUGUCAUUGGCCUGUAGUAAAGGCUACACGGAUAUUGUCAAAAUGCUGCUUGAUUGUGGAGUUGAUGUAAAUGAAUAUGAUUGGAAUGGAGGGACACCUUUGCUUUAUGCUGUACAUGGAAAUCAUGUUAAAUGUGUAAAAAUGCUCUUAGAAAAUGGAGCUGACCCAACAAUUGAAACUGACUCUGGGUAUAAUUCUAUGGACUUAGCUGUAGCCUUGGGCUAUAGAAGUGUUCAACAGGUGAUUGAGUCUCAUUUACUGAAGCUGCUUCAAAAUAUCAAGGAGUAGACAUAGUCAUCAGGGAGUGUCUUCUGCUCUUCCUUUCACCUUUUGGCUCUUAUAAAUGAUAGUUUUGUUUACUUAUAAAUUUUUACCUCAGUUGCAAAAUUUACUGGUUUUCAUAAGUUUUAAUAAAUAUUCCUCUCAGCAAUUCACUGGUUUAUAAAAUUAA